AGUUUAUCGGCAACUGUUUUGCUGUCGCUCGUCAAUUGCUAUUGUUGGAUAAAAGCAGGGCGAUGCAUCUAUGCUCAGCUAAACGGCCGGCAGUAGCCGUAUGCCGAGCAUGGCCGAGGAAAAGCACCGCAUGCUCUACCAGGGCCAAGACCCCAGCCAGCCGGUGUUGCGUCCCCUCCCAAUAAUAGCCCACGUCAGCAACAGCAGCAGCGAUAGAGAUGCAAGCGUCGAUGCUGGAACUGAGCCGCAACAGCCUCCGACAUACGAUGACGCCAUGGGCAAUACGUCUAGUUUGCGCGUCUCAAAAACUAAAAACCACACGCCCAGCCACAUGAGCUCCACGCUGCGGCCGACAUGCGACGGGGAAGGUCGUCGUAGGACCUUCUUUGCCGAGCCGCUGCAUCUGCGCAGCCAGCUGGAUGAGCCGCAUCUGCCAGAGGCGCAGCCUGCACAGCCGCUGUCAGCUGAGCGCCCCGCCACGGAGCCACAAGCGGCGCCCGCGGACAAUGCAAAUGUGCAGGCCAUGCCACAGCAGCAGCAGCAACAGCAGCAGCAACAGCAGCAGCAACAGCAGCAGCAACAGCAGCAGCAACAGCAGCAGCAGCAGCAAUCAGUGCUAGUGGAACGCGUUCGCAUGCCGCAGGUGCGCAGCUUCUUUGCACUGGCGCCGCAGCCGAAACUGGGUGCCAAGGCCUGUGCGAUGGUGUGCCCCGCCUGUGGCCAACAGGGACGCACUAGGCUAAGGCGCAUGCCGAACACACGCACCCAUUGCUGGGCGCUCUGGCUCUGUUCCAUUGGCUUAACAAUUUGCUGAAUGGUAUGCCAGGUGGUGCUGCUGCGCCUGUCUCUAUCCGUAUCUGAUGAAUAGCUGCCGCACCACGAGCCACUACUGCACCAUAUGCAAGACGUUUCUGGGCGCCCACUAUCCCAAGGAUUGCUGCCACUGAGCCGCUGCCAAUGCGCCGUGUUCUAGCUUUACAAACUUACCUACUGUAAAUUUCGAUUCUUGAUAGUUUGUUUCGAGCAACACAAAACGAAAAUAAGUUUACAAUAUCCUAACGUUUGUAAAAGAUUUUUCUUACCUGUAGCGAAAUAAUAUUUCAUAUUCUUUUAAUUCUUGGAUUAAUAAACAAACUGACAUGAAUUGCAUUUCUUAAAACAUGUCAUGUAACUACCAACAA